UGUACACCGUUUACCUGACUCACCUAAGUCACGUGAUCAACGUUUACAUUUCCGGGAUUUUGUAAAUUUCGUUUUGAAAAGAAUAAUGGUAUAAACUAUGACUUAACUGUCAAAAUGCUCCGUCCAUGGUUAAUAUUUGUUAUAACUUUGUUGUCAGUUUAUUUAUUUCACCGUGUUGAUGCGGCAUUCUCACAUAAAUACAAUGUUCUGACGAGAUGUAACCACGGUGAAGUUGAAGGAUUCUCUAUCGCAUCUCACUAUGCAGCGUAUGAUAAACAGAGGAUAAAUGUUUUCUUAGGAAUUCCAUAUGCUAAAAGAAUAUCAGAAUAUUCGGACUGGAGAAGACAGUUUCGGUUUAACAAACCUGAGAAGCCGUCAUGGACGGGAAUUUGGGACGCCACCUAUUACCGCCCAGCUUGUCCUCAGUUACCCUGGCUUGUAAAGCAGACGGUACCUGGCUUCAAUAGAGCACAGAAUACAAGUGAAGAUUGUCUAUACAUGAAUAUAUUUGUACCAAAUAAAACAGAUGAGAGGCCAGUGGCUAACCCACCCCUAUACCCUGUCAUGGUAUUUAUCCAUGGUGGAGGCUGGACUAUGGGUGCCUCCCAACAAUACCCGGGCAUAAUUCUCGCAGAACGAAAAGUUGUAGUGGUAACAUUCAACUAUCGUCUUAAUGCACUUG